UAUACUUCAAAUUGGUUUGAUUUGUGGGGAUUGUUCUAAUCUUUAUUUGGUUUUGUUUAUAUGUAUGAUAUAUUUUGAUAUAAGCAAUGUCUGAAACGAAGGUUGAAUCCCAACAUGAAUCAAGUCUUAUUAUAUCGCAGAAAAACAACGAAAACCCUUUAAAUGAUGUGAACAAGAGUGACCACCUUGGAGGAGGAGAAAACAUGGCUGGGAGUAAUGCUGUAAACGAACCAUUGAUAAAGAAGGUCAAACUGACAAAAGAUACUGCAGUGAUGGAAACACCCAAGAUUGAUAAUGAGCACUUUGACAUGAAAAAUUUUGAUAAAGAAAGAUCUUCAACCCAAACUUUGCAGGACAAUGGCAAAGCAGUCGUGAAGGGAAUUAGUACAGUGACCAAAACUGCUAAGGAAGGUGAAGCACUUCUUAAGGAGAUUGGACAUGCCGAUGAAGGAGAGGAGUCACAGAGGAGACGUACUAGGUCUCAGACUAGGGGAGAUCCAGUUCCACCACCCCUUCAGAAGAAAACUCCAAGACAGGAAACACCUAGGCGUGGAAGAAGGGGAAGGCCACGUAAAGAAGAAAGUCAAUUGCCGAUUAAGAACCUUGAUCACCAUGAAGAAGGCAGUUCAAUAAAAGAAUGUGAUGAAAAGAAAGAAGUGGCACCAAAAGAGGUAAAUGACAUGAAGAAAGAAGAAGCAAGGGAAAUUAACCUUACUGCACAAAAAGAAACAUCCAUAACAGAAAGUGAGUCACUUGCAAGUCAAAACUAAUCUUGUCUUUGUAACACUUUUUUGUUUUCAAAAAGUGACAUCAUUGCCAGGGAGGGAAGGUUUUAACAAAAAUGUUGAAAGGGACAACCUGACUUGAUGUUAUUUCCAUAGGUCUUUUUGUAAACUCUAAAUCCUGUGCUGAAAGCACAUAAAAGAAAAAUCACUGUAGAAUCUUCCAUGUGCCAUUUUUUUUUUUUUUAUCUUGACCUUUUAACUUCAUAAAAUCAUAAUUUUAGAGUAAGUAUUUGUUUUAUUUUAUAUUAAAGUGUUACAUCUUGUUUUAUAGUCAUUGUGUUGGGCCAUAAUUCUGUGAAGUGGUUCGUAGCACUGUAAUUGUAGGACUAGGUUCAAGUUGAAUUGAAAAGCAAUAUUUGUUACUUGUUUGGCCAGUUUGUUCAAAAUUUGUGAUAGUUGUAUACCAUUUAUUAUUUUAAACAGUCUAAGGAUAAGAAAAAUUGUGGAUAUUUGAAACACUUUAUCUGUGAGACUGAAUUAAGAAAUUCUUCAUAAAACCAGACUAUAAUAGUUAUUAGUUCUUUUCAGUGUUAAAAAUUUAAUUAACUUGCUGGAAAAUGAAUAAAAGAAAACUUUUAGUUAUUGAAGCUUUUUUUUUUCCACUUCAUGAUUUAUAAUACUAGUAUAUAAGACAAUUAUCUAGUGUCUACUUUUUGUUUUAAAUUGUUAAAGUGUUAUUUGCUGUCAUUUUUCUUUUCUUUUUUUAUAUACUUAUUAAAUCAAUCAUGGUGCCUUCCCCACUUCUGUCAGUGACUAUGGUUCUCCAUUGCUCUCUAUUCCUUGCUGCUUAUAAACUUUCCUAAAUCAAACUUCUCAUCCCCAGUUAAUUUUCUAAUGUCAACUGCAUCUUACUUUUUUCCUUUGAUUUUACUCAUCAUAAUCUUUGCCAGCAUCUUCUAUUUUAUGUUUCUAGUUUUAUUCUGAAAUUUCAAGUCCUCUGUUAUUAUAAGGAAGGAAAUUUAAGUUUGUAAUUAUUCGUCUUUCUGUACCUGUAAUGCUUAUCCAUAGAUUAAUAGAUAAUGUCUUAACCUGACAAAAAAAAGCAAAUACUUCUGUAUUCUGUAUUUUUUUAUUUUCUUACAAAGCCAUGAAUGUCAAAGGAAGAAAUAAGACCUUUUAACAACUGGUUAUUGAUAUUGUAAUAUUAACUUCAUUUUUAUAUUCUAAAUUGUACUUAUUUAUUAUCAUUUUUUAUUACAUAGUAUCCAUUGUUUUGAAAUUGUGGACUUUUGUACAAAAAUGGAAGCUAAAUGCUUUUGACAAAUAAUUUUUUUUAAUAAUUGAAUAUUUUGAAUUUAUCUGUUUGGGUUAAUUUUUAUUUCAAAUGUUUUAUUUAGUACUGGUCAUCAGAUUCAGUCAGUUUUUGUUCUGAUUUCGAAAUUAAGAUUGUGGCUACUUAAGUGUUUUAUUCAUUUUUUCUGUGUCUUUAAAAAUGUUGUUGUUUUCUUACCAUUUGUAAAUGUUAGGAUUUAUACAGUGGUGUAGAAUUUAACGUGUGUAAAUUGGAUAUAGUGCUUUGCUUAACAGUUUUUAAUCCUAUCAAAAUACUGUCAGAUUCUGGCAUUAAAGGUAGCCAUAACUGUUCUAAAUGUCUGUCUAUCUAUCUAUCUAUCUAGUACUAGAAAGAAAACUUGUGUAAUCUAUCUGUCGUUGAAAAAUUAGAUUUACUAGUGAAAUAAGCCUAUUGCAUACAAAAAUAUGACAUGUUCACAGAAAAUGUCGUAAGGUGAAGAAGGCCAUGCCAGUGAUAACUGGUAAAUUAUAAUUUGAUAAAAAUUUCAGGAGAGUGAUAAAUCUGGCAGUGGUUCUCAAAUUUUUUUGUCCACGCACCACUUUGGCGAGGCAAAAGAUCCCAUGGACCACCUGCCGAUCCUACCCCACCCUCUUUGACUUGCCACAGCAAAAAAUCUCAUCAUAAUUAAUGGGAAGAAUGGUGCUGUUUUUGAUGAGACUUUUUGUACCAUUCCACGGAUCACCUGGAGGACCCUCGCAGACCACACUUUGAGAACCACUGCUUUAUGAUUACAGGUUUGACAAAUAUGUGCUAUGUUAGAAUAAAAGUACUUUUGUUCCUAUUUUACCUCACAUUGUUGAAUUACCUAAUUUCUCCUAUUUUUUGAGAAAAAAGGCUAUUUUCAAUUUCACUUCAUUGUAGGAUACUUGAUUGUUACCAGUUACUAUUGUUUAUUUAACCUACAAAUAGGUUAUGAAUUUCUUAUAAAGUUUUUGGCUUUAAAUGUAUUUCUUUCAGAUGAAAACAAAACUUAUUUAAAAGUAUAGCAACAUAAUUACAAAUUAAGGUUUGACUAGUAAAACAUUUCUUGAAAAUUAUUUGUAUAGUUCUUCAAACAGUACAAAAAAAGAAAGAAAGAAAAAAUUUGUUUUUCUGUUUGUGUGUGUGCAUUCACUGCUAUACUGUAAGGUGUUUAGCUGAUGUACUGGAGCCUUGGGCAGGCAAUAUGCUGAGCAUAACUUUGCAAUAAAACUACAACAACAUGAAAGCGAUUAGAAAUAAUGACAGUUCUGUAACUUCAGAUAUAAUUUGUUUUUAUUACUCUACAUAUUUCUCUACAGCUUUUUUUUAUGGUGUUCACAUGUACGAGACACAACAAGUAAAGAAAGGUUAGAGCUUUUAACUGUGGAGCAUGCAAUGUUCCAUCAUGUUCAAGACAAACAUUAUGAUAAUGUAAUAUCUGUUUGUUUAAAUUUUUUUCAGAGGUAUUGUUAGAACAACAAAGGGAAAAAAAAAAUAGUAUAGUAAAAGCAUUAAUGUGUGGUUGUAUUCAAGAAUUGACAAAAGUUAGAUUAAUAUUUGAAGUAAUAAAUCUAAAAGUACAUAUCAACCUUAAAAGGAUACUCCGUUACAAAGUUUUACAGCAAAUCAGUAAAAAUGCACAUUCCCCUUUAUAGGAAAAUCAUAAGUGAAUUUAAAUAUAGGAAAUACUGUUUUUUUUGUAUAGGUUAUAUAGAUGUAUGUAAAUAUGUCUGAAGAAUAAAUCAGCAUGAUCAUUUUACAAUGUAAUACAAGUUCUCAUUGUAUUAAAUGAACAAAAGUAUUACUUCUAAUGAUUCCUUUGUUUUUAUGGUUUUAAAAUAAUGUUUAAAUUAUACUAUUCCUUUCAUGUGCUCCAGAAUAUUUUCUGUAAAUAAUUUUUGGUUAGGGUUCUCUGAUGAAAAGAGCUUCUCAUCUUCAGUCUGUAAUGUUUAUUUUUAGUUCUGGUAAAAAUUCCACUGUAUAAUAGUAAUGGCUUGCUAAGUAUAGAUUCAUCAUGUUUGUGUAAAUAGUGUUCUAAAAGAAUAGUUUUGAUAUCUAUAAUUUGAACAACAUAUCAAAGUGCUUGACAUUGUAAGUGUAAAGGAAUGCCAGUAUCACUCUCAUUACAAGUUUUGCACUGUAUUAUAAAGUAACAUUACUAAUAUGAUGCUGCCGAGUUGCUCCAGCAGGUUAUGCUAAGACACAUGUCGUACUUCAUUUGGUAGGUGUAAAAAUGGUGGGCGUAUUUGUUUUGAGACUGGAACCAGUGCAUUGCAUAACUAAGUCUAAUGUGUGAAUUUCUCUGACAUCUUUUUGGCUGGCAGAUAAAUGUUUUUCUAUCACUUGCAACUUUCAAAUAUUUUCUCAAGUGUGUUUUUUAAAAGAUAGCUAUUCUUUCAAAAUAGUGACUAGAUUUACUAGAGCUUCAGUUUGUGAAUUUUCUUUUGCUUUUACAUUAAAUUUUUAGUUUUCUAAUGCUGUUUUCAUAAUAAUGUAUAUGGUAGCAAUGUAUAUAAUUGUAUGUUACCACAUGUUCAAUGCUGUACAUUAGAACAUUUUAGGUAUAUUUUAAAGCUAAAACACAAUCUAAUGAAUGUAUUAUUUGUUAUGAGCUUAUUUUUACCCCUUAAAAAAAACUGCAAAGCAACAUGUAGAGUAAUAAAAACAAUGUUCCCCAGAAUUACAAAAUGUUAAUGAUAUCUUUUUUAAUUACAUCUUCUGUAUUAAGAAGGAAAACAGGAAAAAGUCUUCAUUAGAUAUGCCCAUGCCAUAUGUCUCAAGUUUUGUAUAGCUUCAUUUCAGAACAAAAUGUUAACAUACACUGUUGAUGUAUGUUUAUUAAGCAUUUAAAGUUCUUGACAUUGAUAUUUUACUUCAGUAUAGAGUAAUAAUUAUCAUUGGCAUAAUUUGUAACAUGCUGUUUUUCUGAUACACAUUACUUAUUUGUUAUUAAUUUGCUUUUGUGUGUCAUAUAGUAAUUCUUUUAAAUUUUAGUAUUUUUUUCACUGGCUAUCCCUUAAAAAAUUUAUCAUCAGAUAACUAGCUCUUACACUUGUAAAUGUUUCUCUGUUACUUUUGUCAUGAAACACAUCAUCAUCACGUCUAAGAAGUGAAAUUUUACUGUUUAACAGUUUCAUGUAAUCUAUGGAAAUGUACUGAGUCACUGAUACAAAUUAGAAAUAUCUGAACGUUUGGAGUUUUAAACUCAUCUCUUGUCAAUGGUAAAACCAUUAAACUAGUUUUUGUUACCUCAAACCCAUAAUUGUUGUCUCAGUCCUGAGAGUCUUAAAAAAACUGUAAAAGAAAUCUUUAAUUCAACUGUGUUAUUAUUUGGUCUUUAAAAGAUUUCAAUGUCUUGUACUCUGUCCAUUCCCUUCAUUGUCUAUAUUAUUAAUAUCAAGUGAUCAAUUUCUGUGGGUCACAAGAAAAAUCUAUGUUGAUGCUAAAAAUGAUCCAAAAGAGUGAGCUUUUUGUAAUGGGAGCAAAAUAUGGGAAGGUAUAUGUGUGUUUGUAGGAGAACUUAAAAGUUGUAUUAAGUAAAAACUUUUAAAAAUUGGAACAUAAAUUCAAGUGCAGGACAGUAAAUUCAUUUAUUUAUUAAAGUAAUGUGUCAAUUGGUUAUUUAACAUUAAAAAUAUAUAUAUUGAUCAAAGAAUAUUUGUUAGACUGCUCAAUGACAGUGUUGUGAAGUUCUGCUUUAAUGGCAUUUCAGUAUCAUAUUUCAAAAUUGGGUUGCUUAGCUAAAUGCAUUUUACUAUAUGAUAUUGAAGUCAUUAUUAUAUAUACCUUAAUGUAUACACAUUAUUGUAACUAUAACCAAGUAGCAUACUUGAAUUCUGUGAAUGUGUUCUAAUUCACUGGGGAUCUUUAUUUGUUGGAUAUUAUGAAUUUAUCUGCUACUGAUAUACAAAUAAAAAGAAGGCAAAGUUGUCAAAAAAAAACUCUUACAAUAACUUUAAACAACUGUUCUUGCAGAAAUAGUAGUUGUGGUAAAUUAAUCUGUAUUAAAGUUUCAUAACAAUAAAUAUGAUUAAAAGCUUAUUUUAACUUUUAAAAAAUUCUACAAAGGGACUAAUUAGGAGUGAGUGUUCAUAUUUGUUUUUGUUUGUAAGAUGUUAACACUGAUAGCUAUUUAAAAGGGAGAAAUAGUUAUCCUUUUAAUGAGGUGCAGUACUUGGUUUUUUAAAUUAAGGUGUCCAGUUUGCAUUUUCAGUAACAAAAUGUUGGGUUGUCCCAUUGAAAACAUUAUAUUAUUUUAACUUUUCAGUCAUUACAUUUUUCUUGUUUUUUGUAUGAGAAUCGUGUAAGCUGUAAUACAUUGUUAGGUUUCAUAAUAAAUGUUCCUUCUAGUAAGA